GCGUGAUGUUUAGAACAAUUGUCAAGAAAAGGAAAUUUAUUCUCUAGCGACUUUUAUCGUUUUUUUUUAAUUUGUUCAUUUUUUAUUUCGAUGCUGGUACAAACGGACGCUUCAAAAUGAUUUGUGUUGCAUGGAUUACCGUUUUCACGAUUGCGAAGUUAUCAUCGGGAAAUGUCAUAGAAGUAUUGAACGCAACCGACCAGAAGGCGUAUCGCGUUUUGGUGGGUCAUAACAGACAGGUAUACAUUCACAAUGGUUACUCUUUGAUGCAAUACAACACUUUGUCGCUCGAACCAUCUAAUCUUAUGUACAAAGUGACCAACCCUGAUUGCGACCCAGGAAAUCCCAGUGCAUGCCCGCCUUCGGUGUUUGAGAUGAUCACCCUCGAAAACACUCUGUAUAUGAUCGUGUGCGGCUCAGCGUACAACGCUACGUGUCUGUUGCACUUAGCUUCCAAUAUAUCUUCUGUGAACUACAUAGUGGCCUCAAAUGGCAUACCACCAUCAGCCCAGUUUGGAAGCCCUGUGUCGGCAAUGAUUGUUCACAGUCCGUCGAGACUCCUUCCAGUUUUCUCAGCCAUUUCGCCUGCGAGCAACAGUAUGCACUCUGAUUGCAGCACGAAUAACUGCACAAGCCGCUUUGCACUAUCUAGAAGGUUAUUGUUUCGCGGAAAUGCCACGUCUUUCUACGUUCACUAUGAAGGUACAAAUACAUUAAAAGCUAAACCCAACGUCUCUUUUCGAUAUAUAUACGGAUUUUAUGCCAUCGAUAGUCACAAUAACCACAACGCCUAUUUCUUAAAAAAUAGACCGGAACAUGAUGGGAAAGAGAUCGGUUAUAUAAUACAGAUUUGUGCAAAUGACUCUAACUUUAGAGCUUAUAUGGAGGCAAAAAUAGAUUGCCACGGAUACACUACCAUCGUUGCUGCAACAAUGUUAAUGAAUAUGUUAUACGUUGUAUUAGACGGUGGAACGCUACAGCAUCAGGGACAUUCCGUUCUGUGCGUGUACAACGUUACGUCGAUUGGUGACUUUUUCGACGGUCAGUUAAAGCAGUGUUUUCACAACACCAGUGGAUCAACGCCUGAUUGGAUAGAUGGAGCUGAGCCGGCAUGUACACAACCAUGGCGCAACCUGAACAGCAUCAAAUGCGGAUUCACAAAAUAUAACCACCGGGUGUUGACCAGCGGAUCGCUUACACCCUCUAUCCGACCCCACAUACCCUUCUCUCAGAACAUCACCUGCCUGGCUGCACGGGCGGAUGGGGAUCAGGGCAACGCCCUCUUCGUCCUUGGAACAAACAACGGCACUAUUCUGAAGGCAAAACUAGACACGAAUUAUACAUUGGAUAUCCUAUUGUCGGUGUCCCCAACUUCAUCUCGCGUAGAAAGUCUCACAAUGGACCCAGCGGGCAGAGCGAUAUUCUACAUUUCCAGCGGCAACGUCAUAAAGCUGUCACUGGACGACUGCGGGAUACACUCGGAGUGUGCGGCUUGUCUUCGAGACAGGACUGAGGUGUUGACAUGCCAUUGGAUAAUUUCUACUACCGGUCAUGGACAAUGCGUCAACACAACAUCGGCUAUCGCAAAUGAUACAAAAUAUUUUCAACAUUAUUGUCCACCGAUUAUUAACCUGAUAACACCGGAAACGGGGCCCACAGCUGGUGGUACCCGGCUGACCAUUCAUGGACACUUCGGGGCUAACGAUGCGACAAAACAAGUCCAUGCCUUCAUAGGCAACAACUCAUGUGAUAACGUUGAUCGAAGCAAUUUUCCAACCAAACUGGUAUGUUUGACUACUCCGUUGUCUGAUUUCGACCAUAGCGGCGUCUCAUAUGAAAUGUUCGUUCGUGUGAGCAUCACGGCAAAUAGGACGCAGACUUCGACCAUUCCUGUCAAUGGGGAAGCCACAUCGCAUAAGGAAUUUUCGUUCUUGGAACCCUGGCUGAACAUCAGCGACCACGCCUUCAGCAGACAGUCGGGAGGUGUACAGAUGGUACUGCGUGGUCGCCACCUCAAUACAGGCAGCAACCGGACUAUUGCCAUUGGUCAGGAUAGAUGUGACGUCACAGACAAGGACAUGCUAUCGAAUGAUACAAUUACAUGUCGGACGCCGACAAAAAAAAUGUCGGGUGUUUUCAAUGUCUCCCUCAACAUCGACGCUGCAGUUUUGACAGGGGCUUCAAUACACUACAUUACCGAUGCGGAUGUUCUGACCUUUCAUCCAAUGGUCACAACUAAAAGCGGCGGCAUAAAGAUGACUGUGACAGGAGAGAGACUAAACGGCCUUGGUAGAAACGUGCAACUCACUGCUGUUGACAGCCAUGGACCUAAUGUGCCCUGGGUUCUGGAUCCAGGCAACUGUUCGUAUGGGGAUACUUCAUUAGUCUGCAGUACGGGAAAGUUUCGAGGAGACCCGAAUGACACUCAUGUCAUUCCCAUCCUGGUUAACAGCUACGGUUGGCUAACCAACAACAGUAUUGAGCGUGUCAGGGUUAUCAAAGACCCUGUCUUGAAAGAGAGCUGGAGAUACAUCUCCAUCGAAAAGCCAAUUAUUGAGAUCAAGGGCUCAGGUUGGUCGACCAUUCCAAUCGAAAACUUUCGUGUUACUGUCAACAAAGACAUUCCGUGCCACGUACAAAGCGUCAAUGAGAGCAUUGUGUGUGAAGUGGAUGUUGAAAGUAACGUGUUCCCACAAGGAAAAAAUCUGACAGUGAAGUGUUCCAUUGGAUUUCGGGACUAUGACGUUGGGACAGUAGCCUUCGAACAGGAAGAACCAGAUGUACGGCAAUCUAUGGCACCGCACAGUAACAAUGUCUACACGAUGUAUGGCAUCAUAGCCGGAUCUGUCAUCGGCUGCUUUGCGCUCGUUACCUGCAUCGUUAUCUCCGUCGUCAAGUACAGCAGGAACAAGUCACGUCGUCUGCAGCAUGACUCUUUGAACGUGCACUUCCGACGGCAAGAGCACGUGCUGUCCUUGGAGGGAUUGUCGGAGAACCAAUCUUCAGAUGUGCUGCAGAAUCGACAGAAUGAUUACAGGCAGCGCCUAGUUGUUCAGCUGGCAUCAGCACAUGAGCACAGCUCGGACGCGAAAGAGACAUCCCCGCUUCUGCCCGAGAUGGAGCCCGAGAUUCUGAGGGUACUUGAAGAGAAAGGCCUUCUAAUCAACAGCGAGUGCCUCAUCCUUGGCGAGCCGGUUGGCGAAGGACAUUUCGGUCAAGUGUUCAAAGCAUACCUUCGACAAGUUGGAGAGAAUAUGGAAAAAACCGUCGCAGCGAAGACUAUCCAUCGAAACAACCCAAAGGACAUGGAUGUGAACAUGUUCAUUAAAGAGGCUCUCAUUAUGAAGGACUUUGAGCAUAAGAACGUCAUGCAGCUUGUCGGUAUCUGCUUCGGAAUCGAGCGGCUUCCAUUGGUCGUCCUGCCGUUCCUGAAACUCGGCGACCUUCUCUCCUACAUACGUAACGUCAAUAACGUUCCACGUGUCCGUGACCUUGUCAUGUACGGUGUUGAUAUCGCAAAUGGAAUGCAGUACCUCGCAGAACUGAAGUUUGUACACAGAGACUUAGCUGCCAGAAAUUGCAUGCUUGCCGACGACAUGACGGUUAAGGUCUCUGACUUCGGAUUGUCACGUGACGUAUACGAGAAGGAGUACUACAGUUCCGGUGACAAGACUACGAAACUUCCGGUUAAAUGGAUGAGUCCGGAAAGUCUCGAAUUCGGAAUCUUCAGCUCUAAAUCGGACGUUUGGUCGUACGGCGUUGUUCUCUGGGAGCUUCUUACGAGAGGCAUGUGUCCCUACCCGGCCGUGGACAACUGGGACAUGAUGCGUUACCUGAAGACAAACAGGCGGCUCGAGAAACCAGACUUCUGCCCGGAUGAAGUGUACCAGGUGAUGUUGCGUUGCUGGCAAUGGGAACCAGACGACAGACCGACUUUCUCUGAGCUGGUAACCAGCAUUCCAGAGAUCUUAUGUCGCCGUGGGAGAUUCUCCUCCAGCACCAGCAGAGUCAUUUCUGAGAGCGAUUGUAAAUAGUGGGCACGAAUAAGCUUACUCGAAAAUAUUAAGCUGAUAUUUGACUUCUCCCUACGUAAUAUGUUUGUACAGUUUGGAUGGUUCUAGAACAUGUGUGGAAAGUCAUCAUAUAUUUUGCUUAUAUUGGACCGUGCCUCGAACAACAGCUUGUUUGAUGCCAUUAUAUUUUAAACUAUUCCUUUUAUGUUCUGGCUAAACGUGGACAUAUCUUGAAUUAAAAUUAAGUGUACAUUUGUUUGGUACAAUAACACGUUAGGGGCACUAAUUUUUGAGGAUUUUGUACGCGUAUAGUUGUUCAUACGAGAUGACCGGCCGAUAUUUGGCAGUUUCCCAAAGAAAUAAUUCGUUUACAAUGUGGUUGACACGCGUAUUCGGGAGCUCUCAUUUCAGAUAUUUGGCAUACAUGGGAUUGUUUAAAAAAAGAAAUAUCGAAGGAAUGCAUGAUUUGGUUUAUGCAGUGACAUUGAUGGAAUACUGUUCGUUAUAAUUACUUAAGGAUUAUUCGGUUAACAUUUUCAAGUAUGGAAUCGAACAUGUUAAAUAUGAGUUAGCAUAUACAUGUACGCUAACGAAUACAUGCUUAAUCUAUCAUUUAAACAGUUAAGCAAACAACACAGCAGAAGUAAUAGAUGUUAAUAUUGUUUCAGAUUAAAGUAUUUCACUUUGCAUAUGAUGUAAUAAAGUGUAAUAUAUUAGA